GGUUGAUUGUGAAGCUGCUUACAGGCAUUGUUUAGGACAUACUCUAGGGGCCUGAAGGGGCCUUUUUCUUAGCACCGGAAGAGUUGAGAGUUCAACCGCAAGCCUAAGAGAUGCCGCCGAAGGGGAAAAGUGGUUCUGGAAAAGGGGGGAAAGGAGGUGCCGCUUCUGGGAGUGACAGUGCUGACAAGAAGGCUCAGGGCCCUAAAGGUGGUGGCAGUGCAGUAAAGGUCAGACACAUUUUAUGUGAAAAACAUGGCAAAAUCAUGGAAGCCAUGGAAAAGUUAAAGUCUGGAAUGAGAUUCAAUGAAGUGGCCACACAGUACAGUGAAGAUAAAGCCAGGCAAGGGGGUGACCUGGGUUGGAUGACCAGAGGGUCCAUGGUAGGACCGUUUCAAGAAGCAGCAUUUGCCUUGCCUGUAAGUGGGAUGGAUAAGCCUGUGUUUACAGACCCACCGGUUAAGACAAAAUUUGGAUAUCAUAUUAUUAUGGUUGAAGGAAGAAAAUAAAAGCACAUGAAAGACUGAAUAAAUGUUUUAUAUUUCGUUUAUCUCCUUAA